UUGUGGGAGUUUCGUUGCGACGGACGCUUUAUUAUGAUUUUGUGUAUUUAGUGAUAAUCUUGUCCUCCUUUCUUAUAUACAGUAAUAACACCAAUUGAUACAGUUAUCAUGGCUGACGACGCGGAGUUGGAGGAGCUUUAUGCUUGGGUCGACAGUAUACCACUCAGCAGGCCAAAGAAAAACAUAUCUAGGGACUUCUCUGAUGGAGUCUUGGUAGCCGAGAUUAUUCACAAUAAGUUUCCUACUCUGGUGGACCUACACAACUACUCCACUGCCAAUUCUACAGACAAAAAAUUGCUCAACUGGAAAGUUCUCAACAGAAAAGUUUUGAGCAAACUAAAUUUUACCCUGGGUGAUGAUGUCAUAGGAGAUAUUAUCAUGGCCAAACCUGGCGUGAUUGAGAAGUUCCUGAUGAUGCUCAGACGCAAGCUCGAGCGAGCCGAAUGGGAACUGACCAAGCAACCUCUACAGUCGACACACCGAGCCAAAGGUGGACGUCGGCCCGAGAGUGACAAACCCGAGGCUGAUCAGUAUAUGGCUGUUCCUGGUCGGGGAGUAGAGAAGAAAUCUCAGAACCCCACAAAAGGAGGAGGGCCUGAUUAUUAUCCUGACCCCCCUCGACAGAAAACCCUCGGAUCUAACAAACUAGAGGGAGAUAAUGUCCCCAGGAUACUAUUUGAGGAAAAAGUUCAGGAAAGUUUGACCAAAGAAGAAACCAUUCAGAUCUUACAAGCAAAGAUAAAAAGAAUGGAACAUUUGAUACACCUGAAGGAUGUCCGAAUUGAUGACCUUCAGAACCGAGUAGAGACCAUGCGACCAACAGGAAGCAUUGUACGGCGAUGAACCUAAAAUCUCUGUAAAAAAAAGUACCAUACAGAAUAUUUAUGUCUAGAAUCUCUGUAUGCUUACCCUAAAAUGUGAUCUUGUAUUGGUAGCUUAUAAAUCCAAACUGUAUAUCUUUAGAAAAAUGAAGGGAUUUGGAAAUGUGCAAUUUAUGUUAAUAUGCAAGAGUUCAGCAAAGAUUCAGUCUCUGAACAGACAUAUUCAACAUUCUGUUAUAAAUUAACUCAAUUCAGCAAGUUAAAUUCCUGUCAAAAUUUUCUCAGCAUGAAGAUUUUUCUAAAAAUGCUUUUUUUUAAACUGAAUAAUAUUGUAUUCUAAACAUGUAAUGAAACCAAAGACUCUAUGUGUUUUGUCUUUGUUGUCACUGCUUAUGGUGUAGAUCUUAAUUAUACUGUACUUGUAAACCAUGUAAACAUGUUUAUUAAAAUUAUCAACUUGUAUCCAAAUAAAAAUUAAUACAUAUUAAAUUGUAUCAACCACUGAGUUUUGAUUCAUCAUGCAUAUUGAUUUAUGUUUAAAAGAGAGAGAGAGAGAAACAAUUUUUUGAACUUACAUUUGAAUUUACAUUUAUGCAUGUUUCUCAAUUUCAAAACUGUCAUUUGAUGAUGAUAACUCAAAAUCUUUAAAAAAAGUUCUAAUAAAUUUGCCCAUUAUACAGUUAAUUAAGUUCAUUGUAUCUAAUAAUGUACCAGGGGGUAGAUCGGUACGUAUUUCUGUAGAAGAACCUAUAAUUUGUUGUUUAUAUGAAAGAGCAAUUCUUCCUUUUUAUGUCAUUCAUCUUGAAUAAAUAAAAUGAAUAUGUAUGAAAUUCAA